GUCAGUGUGAGGGGCGUGCCCAAUUUUUUUUUUUAACAGCACCGAAAAUCUCCCCCGCCCCCCGCACCUCCUUGCAUGAAAUUGCUUUGAGCUUCCCUGCAUCGGAGGCAGAGAACAGGAUCCGGGUACAAGAAAAGCAAGGCGUGCAGAGGUGAGCGUGCAAAAAAGGGUGGAAGGGGCGAAGAUGCAUCUGAGAGGGACAAGUGCAGCCUCAGAGGGAGAUCGCAGGCUGCAAUCGCACUGGUCAAGCCGCGGCCGACUUCCGUGGGGUUUACCUGGGAGUAAACCUGUGCAGGGAUUGCAGGAGGGCGCAGAUGGGAGAGGCUCUUAUUCUGCAAGCCCAGAUCAGCUCUUGAGGGAAACCUGUCCAGAUAACCUGUGACAGAUAAGAGUCUUUAUCUUGACUGGUCCAGCUAGCUAAAGAUUGUCUGCACGGGCUGGCAGCAAGCAGCUCUCCUGGGUUUUAAUUUUUAUUUUUUUUCAAAAAAGUGUAUUGGUUUUCACAAAAUUAUAAACAAACAAACACAUAAAACAAACAAACAUAAUUAAUAACCUUAUUAAAAAAUUACACGUAUUAACAUUGUUAAGUGACUUCCUCGAUUCCCCUUGGUUGGAUUUCAUUGCAUGUCCUUUUAACGGUUUUCCAGAUCACAAUACUUACAAAGUUUAACUUGAACAUUAACAUCCUUAGAUCUUUUUCUUUCGAAAUUAAACAUAUUAAUUCAUUCCAGAAAUGGAAUGGAGUCCCAUGGUGAAGGGCAUGGCUGGCUCGGCACCCUAAAACAGGAGUAUGGCAUGGUCUUAACAUUUUGUUGCAGACCCCAUGUGACUUUUUUAUGGCAAAGCAGUAAGCAGAUUCACUGUAUACCUUUAAAGCACCAUUCAACGUACAUGUAAAGCACAUGACAUCCUGGGAACUGCAGUUUCCUCGUCUCAGAGCUUCCAUUCCCAAAACCCUUAGCAAACUACAGUUCCCAUGAUUUGUCGUGCUGUAAAUACGCACUGCCUAUGCUUUAAACACAUGGUGUGGCCCUUUAAAGGGAUGUAAAAUUCCCAAGAAAUCCCAACUUUAAUGGAAUGGCAGACAAAAAUGUUUGAAUACAUAGAAUUGGCGAAAUUGACUUAUAAGAUUCAGAACCAAAAAGAAGCAAAGUUCGAAAAGGAUUGGAGUAAAUUUGUUGAAUAUAUACAGAGUAAUUGUAAGAAUUUAAAAACUGUAGCAGGAUUAAUGUAAAUCUUGUGAUGUGGAUGGCGUGUAAAUAAGAAACUGUAAGAAAAGAUUUGAGACAUGAAAAGUGUUGAAGGGAUGGAAGGAAGUCCGGGUGCAAUAAGGCGCAGGAUAAAUAAGAAGACAUACAAAUUUUUGAAUGUAAGAGUAUUUGUUUUAUUUGUUGUUGUUACAAAUAAGCAAUAAAAAGUAUUGGGGGGGAAAAUAAAUAAAGGGAUGUAAAAUCCAUUUCUUUCCCUCUCUUUACAUCUUUCUUCCCUAAGGAGGAGACGACAGUGCCUGUUUCGAAGACUGUGUCUCCCCCUGUGGAUUCUAGCAUUUUCUACGCCAACUGAGACGGCCACUCAGAAAACAAAAUGGAGGUACAAAACCCAGCAGGCCUCACACGAGGGCUGGGAUCACAGUGGGAAGGAAAAGUCCUCCAUGAAAACAAGGCUGGGAGUAUCACAGAAUUUGUGCAAAGGAUACCUCCCGACCAAGUUAAACAAGAGCAGCAUGAGGGCCUGUUACAACAUUGGGAAGCCCAAUGGCAGGAGUUCCUGAGGAAAAUGGAGUCUCCCCACUCGGACUGGGGGGCCCCACUGUUGCCAGAUGAGCCCUCGCCCUGGGUGGACACGAAGGGCUUCCUGGCCUCCUUUGAGCAAGUGGCCAAAGCCUGCCGGUGGCCCCCGGAAGAAUGGGCAGCCCAACUCUGGCCAGCCCUCAGUGGGGAAGCCAAGCGGGCCUUCAACAGCUUGGAGGCUGGAGACAGAGAGGAUUAUGGGAAAGUGAAGGCGGCCAUCUUGAGAGGGGACGCCAUGAGCAGGGAAGAGCGGCGCCAACGCUUCAGGCGGUUCUGCUACCAGGAAGCCGAGGGACCCCGAGGGGCCUACGGCCAUCUCCAGGAUCUGUGCCGGGGGUGGCUGAAGGUGGAGAGGCUCUCGAAGGAGCAGAUCCUGGAGCUGCUGAUCCUGGAGCAGUUCCUGGCCAUCUUGCCACCCGAGAUGCAGAGCAGGGUGAGGAAUUGCGGCCCCGAGACCUGUGCCCAGGCGGUGGCCCUGGCCGAGGAUAUCCUGCAGAUGCAACGAGAGGUUGAGAGAUGUGAGCAGCAGGUAAAGGUGUUUUCCUGGUACUUGGUUGUAGGUUAAGUGAUGGGACAUAGGUUGAAUUCCCAAUGUAGGGGGUGGGGAGGAAAAAAUGAAUGGUAAGCUGCAUUGAAGUAUGUAUUUCUUGGACUGGUGUAACUAUGCCAGAAUUCUCCAUGGCCCUGGACAUGUUCCCUCCAGUUAGACUACUUUAGUGCACUCUUUGUGGGGCUGCCCUUGAAGACUCCCCAUAACCUGCAGCUAGUUCACAUAGCUGUCAACUUCUCCCUUUUCUUGCGAGGAAUCCUAUUCAGAAUAAGGAAAUUUCCCUUUAAAAAAAGGAAAAGUUGACAGCUAUGCAGAAUACCACCACGAGGGGCUUGAGCAGUUCUAUGAUUCUAACUAAUUAGUCAUUUUCUUUGUCUCUUCUUCCAGUGACUGGGGUUGUUCAACCUGGCAGAUAGUGUUUACACACACACACACACCCUUCCUUCCAAAAGGAUUAAAAAACCCCAGAAUAAAUAAAUAUAUUUGAAAGACACAAAGGACAUCAAAAAAGGCAUUUUAAAAAGAGUGGCAAAUACUCAUGGCUAAUAAAAUCAUGGUUGGCAGGGGGGCAGCAUAAAAUUUCCUCCUGGAUUUUAGCAGUGAUGCACUCUGCUAGGGAGGGCAUUCCACAAGUGGAAUGGAGCCACCACUGAGAAGGCCCUGGCUGCCAGUGCCAAAUGGUUAGCCCAUCUGCUGGUGGCUGCACCACCAACCCCACUCUCCCCUGAAAGAAUUCCCUUUUGCCGGUGCAGGUACCAUUUGAGGAUGCAGCUGGGAGUUCCUUUGAGGCAAGCCAGGCUCUGUGCGAUGCCGAGCAGGUGCCACCAUCCAUGGAGACCAAGCAGGAAGACGACAGUGGAGAAGAAGCCAGCCUGUUGGGUAAGGAGUGACACAGCCUCUGGGGGGCCAGGUUCUGCUGUGCUCCCUGACUUCUUCUCUGACUGUGGCUCCUUCCCUUCUGUAAAGGGAACAUGUACAUGUUUUCGCAAAACAAAUAUUGCCUAACAUAAAGCAUUUGUGUGCAUUAUCUUCACUAAAGUGUGCAGCGUUGUGUGUACACUUUAUCCUAGUAUAUGUAUUUUUUGUAUGCAUCUUGGGGCUGCAGAACAGCAUUGCAAGGCUCUCAGAAGUGCAAACUUCGAAGGGUGGCUGUGUUCAUGUAUUGUUUUGGAACAGGCAAAUUAGAUGGAUUCUAAUUUGAACAUGAUUAUAUUUCUCCCCCAGCCUCUUUAGCUAAAACCAACCAUAAUUAGAGUUCCUGGCGCAUCUAAACUUGUGUAGUUUUCUCCCAGAAGUCCUCAUUGCUUUCUGCAAAAGUUUCAUUGAUAUCACACAGCAGAGCUGUUUCUUCACUACAGAAGUGGGGAGAUUUUGGCCUUCCAGAUGUCGUUGAACUACAACUCCCAUCAGCAUCACCAGUGAUCUCUUUGGGGCUGGAAUUGUAAACCCAAUUGUGGAAAGCCACAGAUUCCACAUGCCCAUGGAGAAAAUCCUUCUAUCAUGUAUGCACACAAGACAAUCCCAUUCAAGCCUGUGUUCUCUUCAUUGUUAAUUAAAAGCUUCCUGUUUCUAGACUGAGUCCAUGGCCUGGGAUGAUGGGCUUUGUGGUUCAGCAACAUCUGGAAGGCCAGAGAGUCCCACAACCUGCUACAUCGGAUACUGGUUUUCAUAUGUGGGGAUGGGAAGUUCCUGUUGUCCUGUCCUCCUCCUAACCACCUUUGUUCCUUGCUUUUCCUUUUCCUUUCCCACCACCCCCUGAAGUCCUGGGAGUAAGUGAUAUUGGGGUUUUCUCAUUUCUCCAGGUGGUCAAGGAUGGUUGACUGUAGAUGUGGGGGGAAAGCAUGCGCCGGAAGAUUCAGGAAAAGCACAGCCACGCGGGGCGAUGACAGCCUACCCGGAAGACCGGGCCCAUGGGCAGGCCAAUGUUUCUAAGAGUCAGCCCAAAGCGGAAUCCCAGCAGGAAACCCACCCGGAAGAGAGGGCAGGUGGGCCUCUUCCUUCCAGAGAAGGCCACAUGGACCUCGGAGGACUUGCCGUCCAGCAGAGACCCUCUGUUGGCAAGCGGCAAAACCUGCACGGCACUUACGGAAAAAGCUUUGCACACAGCUCCUCCUCCGCAAAGUACAGUCGGAUGUGCAAGAGAGGGAAGCGACACCGGUGCUUGGACUGCGGGAAGUGUUUCCUCUACAGAUCGGGGCUGGCCGCGCACCGGCGCAUCCACACCGGCGAGAAGCCAUACGUGUGCUCCCAGUGCGGGAAGACCUUCGCCUGCAGCUCAGACUGCAACCGCCACCAGAAGACGCACACGGAGGAGAAGCCGUACCAGUGCCCCCAGUGCGGCAAGAGGUUCCGGCAGCAGUUCAGCCUCAGCAGACACAGGCGGGUCCACGUGGCGGAGGACCUGUGCGCACACUCGGAUCGCGGGGAAAGCGCCGCCGCGUUGGCCUGAAAUGCCUCCUUGCCGCAAUGGAGGAGACCAUUGCAGUAUGCAAGCAAAAUAGGUGGGGGGAAUUGGCUGAGGAUUACCAGGAAAAAGAACAUGAGACCCUUGGGACAUAUGAACCUGUCUGAGUCAGGCUACUGGUCCGUAUAGCUUGGCUAUGCCCACAUGGACUGGCAGCCUCUCUCCAGGAUUUCAGGCAAGGAGCAUAUCUCAGUCUUAACCUGGAGACAGAGAUCUGAACCUGGGACCUUCUGUAUGCAAUCAGAUGCUUGAACCACUAAGCUACUGUACGGCCUUUGCUUAGGUUUAAAAUAACUUAAUCCAUAGCACUGAUAGGAAACUUGGGAUGUUGCCUAAUAGCAGAGGUUUGUUCCACCUUGUUUGUUAUUGGCUACACUGAUCGGCACAGGCUCUCCAGGGUUUCCAGUGGCAGACAUUCCCAGCUUUGUAGGGAGAUUAUACCUGGGACUUUUUCAUUGCAAAGAAGAUGCUCCAGAUUUCAGACUUGGGGCCUCUUCUGGGUGAAACUUUUAAGAGAUCAAUAGGAGAAGGCAUCCCUCCCACCCCCAAUCCAUGAUUCAGGACACCACCCAGGAAAAGCCAUCUUAACUAUUUCCAGACCCUGCCCCUUCGACCUGUCCACACUGAGUUGCCGCACUAGCUAGAGACGAUGCAGAAGAGAAUACGUUGCAUUUCCUUUAGUUCUUUCCAACACUGUGUGUUGAUCCUGCUGCCUAAGAGAGAAUUCACUCUCCAAGGGUUUUCGGUGGCCAAAACGACCGCCAAAAUGGGGUAUCAUAUUUGCCAGGAUAAUUGUUUUGUUCGCAU